AUGGGAGGUAUGAAUGUAUAUUGAUUGUGUGUUGUCUGGUGUGGUGUCGUGUUAUGUAUGGCGCCUCAGGUGAGGGUCGUCAGCACAGCAGCAGCAGCGGUCAGGGAAGCGUGCUCGGCAGCCACGAGCUGAGCUCUCGUGAGAGCGGGCCACAGCCAAGUCGGGGGCCCUUACGAUCUCCACUAGGCGUUCAGCUGAUCGAUGACGACGGAGAGAUUCACAGCGGUGAGUGAGUCACUCAGCCACAACGGGGUCAGUCAGAUGGGGAGAGAGAGAUACCUCCAGUCGCAGGUCAUGUUAUGACACUUCAGGUGGCCCCACCGUGUCUGAUGACGACAGCGAUGGCGGAGAGAUCAUGAUAUGGAAGAGGCCAGAGGUUGACGCCAGACAUUCGGAGCAGCAGCAGGAGGAAAGCGAUGACAGCAACACGAGCGUCAUCCCGCAGGCCAGCCAGCAGCAGCAGACGGUUGGUGUGGGAACGGCCGUGGGGCAAGCUGCGGUGCGACGUGAGAAGGUUGUCCCAAGAAGGGGGUCGAGGUGAGGGAGCGAUGGAUGGAUGGAUGGGGAGCUUCGUUGAUACUCAAGAAAGAGACUUUGCUUUGGGGCGUUGGUGGGGUGAGGGCUGGCUGUGACUUGCUGCUGGACUGUUCUGGUGUGUAUGUCCUAUUUUCAGCUGACCUAAGUGACUGCAGUGGUGUUAGCAUGUGGCCUGACUGUUGCUGAGGAAGGGCAUUGGGCGCAGUGAGGGUUACAUGGACGCUGUGCAUGCACCUGCGUCUUGAAGGGAGCGGGUGUAUGCGACGGGUGGGUGGGUGUCUGGCUGCAAUUGAGACAUUGCUUGCAGGGGAGGGAGGACUGAGGACUUGAUGGUAUGUGGGAUAGACAUGUCAGGUGCCUGUGCGUUGGGUCAGUAAGGCUGGCUGCUGGAAUCUCGUGCAUUUGUCCCGUCUUAGUCAAAAAUCCUCAUGACAUUACCACACAUGUCCUGUGACUCAUACCACUUAACAACGCUACGGC